GUGGCGGCCAUCACCAGCGACCAUGUCCUGGACCACAGGCGCGGUCUCCAACCUCGCGAGGAAGUUCGACUUCCUCCAGGACCGCGCCCAGCGGAGGCCGAUCCGCGAGGUUGGAAUGGACAUUCCGUCGGACCCGGAGAAGAGAAAUAGCAUCGGCCACUUGAAG